AUGAAGACCCAAGGGCUCAAGACAGCUCAGGACCACGUAUGCCCUUCUUUCAUACUUGACGCGAAAUAUUUGAAUUGUCCUAUAUAUACCCCAUCCCUGUUCCUUGAUCCUCUUUUCCUUGCUUCCCCACCCUCAAUCCUCGUCUUCCUCGUCGUGCACAACAGCGAGCAUAUCAUGUCGACAACCGACAACCCAACAACGCAGCAGAAUGCAGAAGCGUCGACAAGCGCGCCGUCCACAACAACGGCGUUGCAACCGCCAGCAGCGCCGUUUGCUGCCACGUCUGCUGUCCAAGACUCUGUUCCUCCAUCUGCAAGAACGUCAUUUACCCUCCACUACGACGACGACGAGCUCAGAUCGCGCCCCUCGACGUCACGCGCCGCCCCUGUACCUCCCGUCCCCACACUCCCCGCAUCACACGAGUCUGCCAACAACACACGGGUCUCGCCUAUAAUAUCCAUGGUUUCGGAAGCCCACAACAAGCCUUCACCCAAGCUAGAAAUGCCUGCACAAGCUCAGCUCACUGUUGAGGAGCCUGUGCCACAAAUGCCACAGACAUACGUGACGUUUUUGCUCAUCUCCGGAAAGCGGCGGACGAUGUCUUUCGAGCCUGAGACAACUAUCGGCAGAGUGAAGGAGCUCGUAUGGAAUUCAUGGCCAGCGGACUGGCAAGACGACCGUCCGCCAGCCCCGUCUUACCUUCGGGUGCUCUACCUUGGCAGAAUGCUGCAAGACGAUGAGACUUUGAUCAAACUCAAGCUGCCCACGCACACACCUCAGCAGCCACCGCUAGCCACACCGACAUCGCCGUCAUCAGCCGGUGCUGGACCCACACCUACGAUCAUGCACCUCUCCAUCAGGCCGUACGCACCCCCGGGCGAAGGAGAUACGAUCAAGAAGAAGAGGAGAAGGGGACAGGAUGACGGAUCUGGGAUGAACGACCAAGGAGAGGAAGAUGGUGGUGGAACGGUCGCCUUUGGACCGUUGGAACAUUUGGAUUUCAUCGAAACGAACAUCCCGAAGCAUAUUCUAUCGCCGUCGGCACAUUCGUUCACCCUCCCUAUCACCAUACCUCCAACCGUCACCUUUUCAACACCCCGACUGGGCGUUUAUUUGAAGAUGUUGCAAGCUAUCGCUACCUUGAAACACGUCCUCUUCGAGCCGUCCCCUUCGAAUAACAUCACUUCGGGCAGCCGCUAUCUCGAAAUUAAAACUCGUCAACCGUCAACUUGCCAAAACCUCGCUGCAUCCUCGUGCCAUGAAGCCCUUCAACAUAACAAGUUCGCAGCCAGCGACUCUCCGUUAACUUAG